AUGCCGUCGUUGGACCCUCUCUACGACUAUAACGAGUGCGUUUACCACCCAACUGGUUAUCCUCGUCCGCAUUUCGAUACCUCUGUAGAAUACUCCUUGGAUAAGAGGAAAAGAUGGGAAGAGAUCCGCGAAAUUCAAGAAGACCUUGAAAGGAAUACUACUCAAGCCGUCGUCAACCUUUGCACACCUUUCAGAGGCUCCAUCUGGUGGUAUAUGUUCAGUGGGGCUGUUGACUUGGCCAAACUCAGUCGGCGGAUCCUUUGCGAAGCAGCCGUGAAAGGAAAGUCGAAGAAUAUGACUCUGGUAUCACAAGUCAGCUCACCAGAGCUUGAGGAGCCUAUUUUCAAAUUCAGCAUCGUUCGCUGCUACAGCGACUCCACCUACCAUUCACAAUUGUUGAAAUAUCGCCGACAUCUUGACCGAACGAAGCGAAGAUCCACUUCAAAAAUUCAUAGAAAGUUUUCGUACGAUGAGGACGACCUGUGA